AUAUUAACCACUUCCAAAAUCAUUCAGCUCAAUUUCUUCUUCUUCUUCUUCACUCUCAGAUUCUGCAGCUUGUUUCUCUCUUUGAUCGGCGGCCAUGUCCUCAUCCGAACCCAACGGAGCCCCUUCCUCUUUCCACUUCGAAACCCCACUUCUCGACGCCCAGUCGCCGUCCCUCCUCCACUCAAUCUCCGAGCACGGCGGCUACGCCUUCGUCGCCAUGGCCUCUCUCGCUGCCGCCGGUGAUUCAUGCGCCGCCGAGGCCGCCGCCGAGAUGGCCUGGGAGCAGCUCCACUCCGGGCCCUGGCACUCUGUUCUCCCAAUCUGGCGCGAUGCUUACUCCAUGGCCUGCCUCUACAUGGCCAGCUUCCAUUUCGCUGCCCGUGAGUUUAAGGAAGCCCUUAGGGUUUUGGAUAUGGGGCUCAUCAUGGGCGGCGCGCUUCUCAGGAAGGAUUUGGAUUCCGCGAUUGAGAAGGUCUCUGCCGAGGCGAGGAUCGUUAGGGUUUUAGAUGUGGCGCAGAGUGAUGACCAGUCCGAGCGUCCAUUGCUUUAUGACGAGCGUAGUAAGGAGGUGAGGUUUCUUGGAAUUUGCCAGGAAAGGCUCUCACUAAUAAGAUGGUCACAAAGAUGUCUGCUUUGUCUCUGGAGGGAUUCUUGCGUGAACAUUUCCAACCAGGUUUCCCAGUUAUUAUUAGUGAUGGUAUGGCUCAUUGGCCAGCUAGGACAAAGUGGAAGAGCAUGGAUUACUUACAAAAGGUUGCCGGUGACCGUACAAUCCCAGUUGAGCUUUUAUGCGUUUCAGGUUGGGAAGAACUAUUUACGCCCAGAAUGGAAACAAGAGCUUAUUACGUUUUCCGAAUUUCUUGGCAGGAUCCAGUCCACUGACUGUUCUGAUGAUAUUACAUAUCUUGCACAACAUCCAUUAUUUGACCAGAUAAAUGAGCUCCGGAAUGACAUUUGUAUUCCCGAUUACUGUUUUGUCGGUGGUGGAGAGUUAAGAUCUCUUAAUGCUUGGUUUGGCCCGGCCGGGACAGUAACACCUUUACACCAUGAUCCCCAUCACAACAUAUUAGCUCAGGUUUUAGGCAAAAAGUACAUUAGGCUUUAUGAUGCAUCAUUGUCUGAAGAACUUUACCCAUACACUGAAACUAUGCUUUGCAAUUCCAGCCAGGUUGAUCUAGAUAGCAUAGACGGGAAGGAGUUUCCGAAGGCGGUGGACUUGGAAUUUGUGGACUGCAUUCUAGAGGAGGGUGAGAUGCUAUAUAUCCCACCAAAAUGGUGGCACUAUGUUCGAUCCUUAACGACUAGCUUUUCUGUUAGCUUUUGGUGGAACAAUUGUGAAAAUUCAACCACUUCCUGAUAUUAAUGCCAUUUUUUUACGUCUCAUUUUUUUGUCUUGAUGAUAUAGAAACAUUGAGAAGCCUAUAUCAUUAGCCUGAUAUGAUAUACCUUUCAUAUUUCUGACAGAGUUGAGUAGUUGAGUUGUCAUAAUCUCAAUGUAGAUGAUUGUACUAUUUAAUGCACUUUUGAAAGCCAUUGUUGAUCUUGAGACAAUGGUUAUUGUUUUGGCCUCAA